CCCAGUGUAAAAAGAUCUCGUCUCCCGAGGGCAACAAGUUUGAAUCUUCUUGAACUCUCAUCUCCGUUCUCUGAAAUCACAAGCAGAUUUCCCAGGAACCGAUACGUGCUUUGGAGGAUGAUGGCUUGUGCUUCACAGACGCUGAUUGCUGCAAAUUCAUGCUCGUUUCCGAGCCAUAGAGCCAUGAGAAAGUCGCAGAGACUCUUCAGUCAAAAUACUUCCAAUCUAGUUUUAACGGUCAGAGCUUCGUCUGAAGAUUCCGACUGCAAUGUCGACGAAUGUGCCCCAGAUAAAGAGGUCGGGAAAAUAAGUAUGGAAUGGCUAGCUGGGGAGAAAACUAAAGUGGUUGGGACAUACCCACCGCGGAGAAAAGGAUGGACUGGCUAUGUAGAAAAGGACACUGCUGGACAAACAAACAUAUAUUCCAUUGAACCAGUAGUUUAUGUAGCAGAAAGUGCUAUAAGCUCCGGGACUGCAGGUUCUUCUUCUGAAGGAGCUGAGAACACACUGGCAAUUGCUGGUGGAAUUGCACUCAUUGCGGUCGCUGUAGCUUCAUCUAUACUGCUUCAAGUUGGUAAGAAACCACCUGAAGUGAAGACUGUUGAAUACACUGGACCCUCACUCAGUUACUAUAUCAAUAAGUUCAAUACACGAGAAAUUGUCCAACCACCGGUACAAAGUGAACCCGAAUCGUCCUCUCAAAUUGACGGUGUCACUCCUCAAGUAACACAAAUUCAAAUUCAACCAGACAUUCCUGCUCCUGAAGUAACGGAUGUUCAAGUUGAAUCCCAAACGACAGAGCCAUCCUCUUCGGCCGUAUCCAGUGCCUUGUAGGCUAAUUGGACUAAAUUUGUGUGAAUUUUUUUUAGAGGUUUUACUUAUAUAUUUAUCCGUUAUAAGGAUAUUGUACCUCAGCAAUUUCCCUACAAAAUGAAACAUGGUGUUUGCUGAUGUGUUGUUCUA